CUUAAUAUUGGACUCUUAAUAGCUUGGACAUGUUUGGCCCAAGGCAGCUGGUGUCUACUCUCCUGCCUGCAGUUUUCCAUUCACCUGCAGCUCACUUUUUCCCUGCAUUCCCAAGCAGGCUGGGUUCCCAACCUCAGAUCCUGAUCCCAGGGCCCUUUAUCAGCUAUGAAUCCUUGAGGAAUUAUUUGCAGCCAGAGACAUGCAAGGAAGCUUUGCUCCUGGCCACACAGGCAGUCGGGAUGGGGCCACUCACAGAGGGCAUAGAUGAACAGAGGCCAGUGAAGCAGCGUCGUGCACGAGCCAACUACAGCAGCUGGCAACUGGAGGAGCUGGAGAAGGCCUUCGAGACCACCCACUACCCAGACAUCUUCAUGAGGGAAGCCCUCGCCGUCAGACUGGACCUCAUUGAGGCCAGAGUACAGGUUUGGUUUCAAAACCGCCGUGCCAAGAUGAGACGACAGCUGAAACUCCAGGGCCAGCUUGCAGGACCUUAUGUAAAAAGAGACAAUGAUGAAACGCCUGAGACACCGAGCAGGACUUUAAAACAGCAGACAGAGAGUUCAGAUGGCGAGCACUGGGAGAGACGACAGGACGGAGAAAACUAUCCAUGGACAAAAGAUGUGACUGCUGCGCUGAGCGUGCAUAUGCAGCCUGUGACCCAGAGGUCAGGGAAGUGGGCGAGGCUGGAGGGGCCGACCUCAGAGGAGCUCCGCUCUUGCAGCAUCGCCAAGUUGAGGGCCAAAGCCAGAGAGCAUGAGGCAGAGAUCCACAGCACUGUAAACAUGUCAGGAGGCAACACACAGUCACAAACACAGGAAGCUGAUGCCAUGCACAAUGAUUGAUCAUUUUCCUUCUUCCUGUUUGUACAGAUAAUCUUAACUAAAAAAAAGUGUAUACUAUUACUAUGCUGGAACAAAACUACCUGGGACGAGGCGCUUAAUUAUUUAGCCAUUAUUAAUAAAAUAUUUCUUGCAGUAUAAAAUAAUAGUUAUCCUCUGUAAAAUUAUGAACAAAUUGUAAUCUUUUUAAAUUUUAUUUUUAUGGUACAUUGCAAAUAACAUCUUUGUGACAUUUUCUAUUUUUAAAAUUUCUUUUCUCAUGUAUUGCUGUUUUGUCCAUUUUGAUAAAACUAUAGAAUUGUAAAACA